UUUAAAUCUUCAUCUUUAUGUCUUUCUAAGGGAGGGGAACACCAGUGUUGCUAUGUGCUUGUCUUACUGUAAAAGGAGGUUUCAGCUGGGUACUGAUGGGUGUGAGCAGCAGAGAGUGCAGAGGAUUACCAUUGCCAUUUGAACCUGCCCAGGUGUAGUGCAUCUUCUCUGUAACUCAGGACUGUGAGAGAGCAGAUGGGAAGUACUCUUCUUUAGCUUCCCCUGUGAGCUUUGCAUCUGGUCCUGCUUUUUCAACUGUGCCGUGGUUCCUAGGAGGGUGAAAGGUCUUUGGCCAUGAACCCCAUCCAGAGACCUGAGAUGUACAUCAUCGGCGCUCAGCCGGUGUGCAGCCAGCUGCCGGGGCUCUCCCCUGGGCAGCGCAAGCUCUGCCAGCUCUACCAGGAGCACAUGGUGUUCAUCGGGGAAGGGGCCCGCAGCGCCAUCAAGGAGUGCCAGUACCAGUUUCGGCAGCGGCGGUGGAACUGCAGCACGGUGGACAACACCUCCGUCUUUGGGAGGGUCAUGAAAAUAGGGAGCAGAGAGACCGCCUUCACCUACGCUGUCAGCGCCGCCGGGGUGGUGAACGCCAUCAGCCGGGCCUGCCGUGAGGGAGAGCUCUCCAGCUGUGGCUGCAGCCGCACGGCCCGGCCCAAGGACUUGCCCCGAGACUGGCUGUGGGGCGGCUGCGGCGAUAACGUGGAGUACGGAUAUCGUUUCGCCAAGGAAUUCGUGGAUGCCAAGGAGAGGGAGAAGAACUACGUGAGAGGUUCAGAGGAGCAGGCCCGCAUGCUGAUGAACUUGCAGAACAACGAGGCCGGUCGCAGGGCCGUGUACAAGCUGGCAGACGUGGCCUGCAAGUGCCACGGUGUGUCGGGCUCCUGCAGCCUCAAGACCUGCUGGCUGCAGCUGGCUGACUUCCGCAAGGUGGGCGACCUGCUGAAGGAGAAGUACGACAGCGCCGCUGCCAUGAGGAUCAGCCGCAAGGGGAAGCUGGAGCUGGUGAACAACCGGUUCAACGUGCCGACACAAGAGGACCUGGUCUACGUUGACCCCAGCCCGGACUAUUGCCUGCGCAACGAGACCACCGGCUCUCUGGGCACCCAGGGCCGGCUGUGCAACAAGACCUCAGAGGGCAUGGAUGGGUGUGAGCUGAUGUGCUGCGGACGGGGCUAUGACCAGUUCAAGAGCGUCCAGGUGGAGCGUUGCCACUGCAAGUUCCAUUGGUGCUGUUAUGUCAAGUGUAAAAAGUGCACAGAGAUCGUUGACCAGUAUGUCUGUAAAUGAAAGGAGCCACCAAAGCAACAAAUCUAUAUUAUAUAAAUCUAUAUAAAUAUAUUUUAUAUUUGUAUAAAUAAACAGAUGAUGAUAAUAAUUAAAGAAGCUUAUUUAAGAGACAUUUUGGUUUUGAAAUCUCCCCCAUCAGGCCAGCUGGUUUGACAUUCCGCCAGUUCUGCUGGGGAGUUUGUCUUUGGGUGCAUCUCCCCUAGGACUGUUUCAAUCAGGGUGAAGAGGCUGAGGAGGUGCUGGCAAAGCACACAAGCACACACUAUUUCGUUACAGAAAGAAAGCCAGGAAGAAGAAGAAGAGUGGGUUCUUCCUGCUCUCUCAUCAGUAAAUCUCAGCAUUUUGCAUAGUUACUGCACAUCGGAAAUUACAGCCAAACGUGGGUGAGUCCUAGUUAUUUGAGUUUCAAACCCUGCACUGGGGAAUUUGUAACCAAUUCUUGGUCUGUCUAAAGGGCUUUGUCACACUAGAAGGAAGGUUAGCCAAGGCUCCCUUACCCCAGUAUGGCUUAAAAUCCGCAGUCCUGUAAACCAUUCCUGGAUGCUCCCCAGACCACAACGGGGUGGAGGAAGGUUUACCACCAUCUGUUGUGAAGAAGGAAGGUGCAGCCUGUGGCUAACCAGCGCACAGCCUGGGAGUCCCCAUGGAGACAGCACCUCUUCUGUACCACCUGGGCCAAGGGAAAUCUGUCCAGCUCAGUCUACAUGGCUCUGUGUGUGAGGGAAAUUUUUUUUCUUUUCCUUUCAAUCUUGUGCUGAAACUGAAUUUGUCAAUACAGAAGAAAAGCUGCCGCUGCCCGGGGAUAUUUGCAAAGUAUAUUUUGUCAGUAGAAAGAAGCAUUGUGCACAAACACGUGCACAUGACUGCAUAAGCACUCCUCGUACCACUGCCGGUUUUUCCUCUUUGAAGUGGAUGCAGGUGGUCACCUUGUUCACCUCUAUUAAAUCCUCCUCACCACCA